GGUUAACGCCUCAGCAGCGGCGGAUUCAAACUGAAGAUGAAAGAUGGCCGCGGAGAAAGACACCGAUGUAAAUAAACGAGACAGAAGGGGCACGGUGUGCAAUGUUGUGAACAGCCAUGAGUCAGAAGCGGGCGGCGGUGGAGACGGCCGGCUGCCCAUCAUCUUCAACCCGGACUUCUUUGUGGAGAAGCUGCGUCACGAGCGACCCGAGGCCUUCACCGAGCUGGUGCUGAGUAACAUCACGCGGCUCCUCGACCUCCCGGGGGCCGAAUUCUCACAGUUACUGGACGAGGAGCCCAAGACUCCCAACGGCACUGCGGCGGGAGGCUUCUUCCGCUCCUUCAACUUCCUCAAACGCAAAGAUAAAGGUGGCAUGGCCCUCACGGAGGAAGGAAUAGGCCACAUAUAUCAGCUCAUCAUGUACCUCAGCAAAAAUCUGCAUGUAGAAGGUCUUUUCCGGGUCCCCGGGAACAGCCUGAGACAGCAGACGCUGAGGGAGCAGCUCAACGGGGGAGCCGACAUUGACUUCGCCUCCGGUGACUUCCACCCCAAUGACGUGGCCACGCUCCUCAAAGGCUUUCUGGGAGAACUGCCCGAGCCCCUGCUGACGCACCGACACCUGCACGCUCACCUGAAGAUCACAGAGCUGCACCUGUUCGACGAGCGAGGGGACAAGACGAGUGUGCCGGAUAAGGAGCGCCAGAUCGAGGCCCUGCAGCUGCUCCUGCUCCUGCUGCCCACGGCCAACCGAACGCUCCUCAAGCUCCUGCUGGACCUGCUCUAUCACACCGCCAAACAACAGGACAAAAACAAGAUGUCUGCGCACAACCUCGCACUCAUGUUCGCCCCGCACGUCAUCUGGCCCAAGAACAUGAAUGCCAGUGACCUUCAGGAGAACCUGAAGAAGCUGAACAGCGGCAUGGCUUUUCUCAUCAAACAUUCACAGAAGAUCUUUCGGGCACCAGCGUAUCUGCGGGAACACGCCAGACUUCAGUUCGCCAACACCAAAAUCAUCCGCUCCAAGGACGACCUGGAGCUGCUGUCGGUCAGCGGGUCUCCUCUGGGGAAGAGGAGCGGAGCGCGAGUGGGGCUCGACUCAGAGAAUCACACAGAAGAGGCGCUGCGAGAGCUCUAUCGACACGUCAGCGACAACAUGCCACACUCCGCCAAGAAGAAGAAGCUCAUCAGACAGCUGGGCAAGCAGUCGACCCCGGUGACCCCGGUGACUCCUGUCAGUGAGAAUACGACUCCUACCAGUAAAAAACACGCGCGCUCGCGCUCCUUCGGCGGCCUCAUCAAGAGGAAGGUUUUGGGGAGCCAGCCUGCGGUGGACAGGAGAGGGCGAGUGUCUCCUCCGGGGAAGGAGAACCUCAGCUGCGGGACAGAGAGCUGAGGAAGAGGAG